GCAUUCUUUGAAUCGUAAAUAACGUUGACCUCGACAGAACAGCAGAAGAAAGCAUUUUUAACGUGCAUGUUAUUUUUUGAGGUUCUUACAAGGAUUGUCUAUUCAAAAAACCAAAGCGACCUUAGCCAACCAGCAUCGCUGCCAAGAUGGCGGAAAAUUUCAACGGUUUGAAUUAGGGUUGUUUACGUUCAGAUUUAAACAAUACAAACAUGAACAGCAGUGCAAAAAAACCUCUAGUCAAACAACGAACAGUCUACGCGUCUGAAAAAGGAAUGGCGAGCUCUGGUCUAGCUAAUAAACGAGUAUCUUUUGAGCGGGAACUCGCGGAUUCGGACGAGGAAAAUUUCCCAGGCAAACAUAACACAGGAUCAAAGGAAAGUGGGAAUGACGAUCUAUUGGAUAUGUUUCGAAAUGAACUAGCUAAUACUUCUGAGGAUGAUGGUGAUGAUGAUGUGUACAUGAAAGAGAGAAAACAGUCGAGGGAGUUAAAAAAAGGUGAGAGGCAGAGGAUGAUGACAGAAGGUGAUCAUGAGCCUCCAAAACCCUCACCCCGGUCAUCAAAACAGCAUUCUCUUGAUGAUGGCGACGACUUGUCACCCAGAGCAAAGCCCAGACCACUCCCUCGGGCGACGUCAAAUACUAGCAGUGGAAGAAAUAGCUCUUACAAAAGUGGAAGCAGAGAAAGAUCGAUAAGCGUUAGACAAGACUCCAUGGUACAUUCAGACAGUGAUGAGGAUGUAAGGGUUUCAAAUAGAAUUAGAUCAAAAUCACUUGAAAAAAGUAAACAAAAGCCUAUCUCCCCAAUUCCUAGAACCAAGGAAUCGCUGCAACACCCCGUUUAUGAAUCCCAAAAUUUACGAAGGAAACACAUAAUUAGUGAUGAUGAUAGUGAUGAUGAUGUUAUUGAUAGAAAAAAAGAACUUUCGAAGUCUGAAAUGAAAAAGAAAGCCACUCCCCCAGUACCAAAAGAAAGAAAACAUUUACAAGCACAAGAAGAGGAUAGAAAACAAAAAAAUCAUUUUAGUAAUAGAGUAUCCAAAGGACUAUCAAAUGGUAUCAGUGAUGAUGAGGAUGACGAAGAUUCUCAUCAUCACAGUAGUAGAGCUACAGAAAAAUUAAAAAAUAGGAGGAAUGAAGAAGAGAGGUUUGCUGUGUCGAGAAAAACAAACUUAAAGGAUGAAAAAGAAAAUGAAAAAUCGCAACUGGAGAAGCCAGUCCCAUCCCCGCGUGGCCAUAAAACAUCUGGCCCUCUUCACAAUAAGAGAGACGCAAGGUACGAAGAGGAAAGCGAUGACGAUGGGGAGGACGUGAUAGCUAGGAGAAGGCAAAACCAACGCGUUAGUAAUGGAACAACAGACUUCAAAAGAACUGGAAAGUCGACUAUAGAAGAUAGUGAUGAAGAGAUUCCGACUCGAAGGAAGAAAGAAGACGACCAUUCACUAGACUCAUUCAAAUCCAAGUUAGGCUUUAAAGAGCGUUCGGAUAAUAAAGAUAAAUUUUCAGAGGAUAAAGACGACAAGUUAAUCAAGGACGACAAAAGUGGCAGGCUUACAGCGGGCAGUUUUACAAAGAAAUCCAAGCUUAGUUAUCUGGAAAGCACAGAAGAGGAGGAAGACGACGAUAUUGUACCCCGGGAGGGUAAAAAAGAGGCAUCACGGACAGAAGAAAAAAUGAAGCUUAAAUCAAAGCUAAGUUACCUGGGAAGCACAGAAGACGAAGAUGAGAAAGACGGUGCUGUGGACAAUCGAGAACGAGAGCAGGGCAAAAAAGGUCGUUUGAAGAGCCCUCUUCCUAGAGAACGGCGUCGUCAGGAUGAGGUGCUCGAUAGAGGGGAAGGCAUGGAGCGCGGAUGCAAGUCCCCUCACGCGAAUCGUAGAACAAAAUUUGCACAUUCUGACGACGAAAGCGAAGAGGAAUACACGUCGCGAAGGAGAGGAGUCGGGUCGAAGGGUGAUACAGCAGAGAACAGCAUGCGUCGUAAGCCUAAACCUUCACCAAGGACUAAAGGGAUUCUGGCCACUCAAGGUCGCUCAGAUUCUACAAAAAAGAGUGGCAGAGGAAUCACACCCGAGAGGCAGGAACCAAAUAAAGAGGCUCGGCGUGUCACACCUGGGAGCCAAGGGUCGACUAGAGAAGCGAGCUACGCCAGAUCACGGACCCCAGAGUGGGAAUCCGAGGAUGAGGCGACAUUUGGUACCCAUCAUAAAGGAUAUCUGCAAUCACGGGGCGUGUCCACUCCUAGCAAGCGCGGCCCCAUGCGGGCGGACAGGGGCAUUAGCGAGAUGACCAAAUCCCCCCAUCUUCAGCAAGCAGUAAAGCCGCGCAUGCGUGAAGAGUGCGUGGACGACUUCUCGCCACGGUACAAGACCAUGGGGAGGUCUUCAUCGCUGUCGAGCUUGAGGGGGGAGGCGGAGACGGAGCGAUACGAGAGACGCGGCAGCCUGGAUACCGUGUCCAUACGGCAGACCGUGUACGAUAACUGGUUAUCCCGGAAAAACCAGACCAUCAAGAAGGAGCUGACCAAGAAACAGCUGGAAAAACAGAAACAGGAGGAGAAAGCCAGAGAGGAAAAGGAGAGAAAACAGAGUGCCAAGCUUGCGUUCCAGUCUUGGAACCAGCAGAAAGAGGAAACUUUGAAAGAGAAACAAGAAAGAUUGAAAGCAAAGAAGAAAGAAGAGGAAGAGAAGGAACUUGAAAAACGAUCAAAAACGAAAGACGCCAAGAAGUACUUCGAGUCGUGGAAAAGCAAGAAAGACGAAGAGUUGAAGGAGGCCCACCGUGCUAAAAUGCAGGAACUCAAAAAACAAAAACAGAAAGAAGAAGAGGAGAAGCAAGACAAGACACUUUCGUCCAAGAAAUCUUUUGAGAACUGGAAAGCCAAGAAGGAUGAAUACUUAAAGAAAGAAUUAAAAGAAAAGAAGAAGAGGGAGAAAACAGAGAAAGAAAAACAAGAAGAGGAAAAGUACGAGAAGACAAUCAAGAGUGCGGACGAGUUCCAGAAAUGGGUGGAGAGUAAAGGGAAGCCACGACACGCCCCGCCGCCUCCCACACUUACACAGAGAGCAUGGGUUCCUGGCAGUCGGCACACGGCAGAUUGCAUCCCGGGCCAGGUACAGCCUGUCAUCCAAGCGCCGACACCCACCCGCGCACGGACGCUGUCUGGAUUCUAUCGAUUCGCCAACACAAAGAAUUAUGGUUAUUGAAGAAUACAUCUACAGCCUCUCAUUGAAACUACAAAACAUCACCCAAUCCAUAAGGCUCACACAACAGAACAAUUUUAAAAUGUCUGUAUCUUAUUUGAACUAGAUUUUAAUUUUAACAAAUGUACAAUAAAUGUUUUGUUUCUUGUUA